AUGGUGAUGGGCUUAAGGUGUUUGUCAGACUCUUCCACCCAAGAAGCCUUUCAGAGACCAAGGGGAAGACCCUUUGGUUAUAAGAACAAGCCCAAGUCACUAAUGGUGACGAAGAAAGAGUCUGAAAACCACCUUAAGCCCAUCACUAUCGAAAUACCUUAUGGAAAUGAUGUUAUUGCAACAAUUGUCAACUUUGCCAACAGCCGCCAAACCAACAUCCUCGAAGCUUCGGGCGUCGUGUCUGAUAUUCUUAUUCUCCAUCCUCAAACCCACAAUGGCCUUGUUUUUCCCAAUCGCGGAGUCUAUGAAAUAAUUUCUCUCAAUGGCACCUACAUAUAUUCCCAUUUCCCUUCCUCAUCCACCAUCGCUAGUGACCUUCCAUAUCGAAAUAACUUCAUGAUUUACUUCUCUAUAGUUCAAGGUGUCUCCUAUGGUGGGUUUGUUGCAGGGAAGCUCAUAGCUUCAAGUGUUGUUGUGGUCACGGUUGGAGUUGAUGAAAUAAGUAAGCAUUCCUCUACAGUUAUCAACCACCAUUCAAAUGGCUCAAUUAGCAUGGGGGUUGGAAACAAUAAUGCACGUGUCAAUUUCGGCAUGUCUGCUUAUGUCGUUGUUGUCGGUGGCUGUUCAAACCCGCUAAAGUCUCAGCUUCCCCCUCAACCUCCUACACAUGGUGAUGUGAAUGUCUUGAAGUUGAACGACUCUACUCACCCUAAUGUUACUAGGAGAUAUCGAUAUGGGUGUUAA